UGGCUGAUUAUAACACCAGCAUUACAUCCGUCUGCGCUGCCAAAGGGACCAGAUAGGGAGGGUAGCACUAGUGAGAGCCAGGGAGAGAAGAAGCCAUGGCUCCUGUGAUCAUUCUCUUCUUCCUGUUCCCCACCCUCCUAGUCCUCCUGGCCGCCGCCCUUGGCCUAAGGAACAGCGAGAGCCGGAAGACCAAGGGCCUCAACCUCCCACCUGGGAGCAUGGGAUGGCCUCUUCUUGGCGAGACCAUCGCUUUUCGGAGGCAACAUCCUUGCAACUCCCUGGGGGAGUACAUGGAAGAUCGCAUCAACAAAUAUGGGAGGAUAUACAAGUCCAACCUGUUCGGCGCGCCCACCAUCGUGUCGGCCGACGCCGAGCUCAACCGGUUCGUGCUGAUGAAUGACGACAGGCUGUUCGUGCCAAGCUUCCCCAAGAGCGUGGCGGAUAUCCUCGGCAAGACGUCGAUGCUUGUGCUCACGGGGGAGAUGCACCGCUACAUGAAGUCGCUCGCCGUCAACUUCAUGGGCAUCGCGAGGCUCCGAGCCAACUUCCUCGUCGACUCCGAGCUGUACGUCAUGCAGAACCUCGAGUCCUGGCCCGAGAACACGCCUUUCCCGGCCAAAGAGGAGGCUUGCAAGAUUACCUUCAACCUUAUGGUGAAGAACAUACUGAGCAUGAACCCCGGUGAGGAGGAGACGGAGCGGCUUCGGAAGCUGUACAUGUCAUUCAUGAAGGGGGUGAUCGCACUUCCUCUCAACAUCCCCGGAACGGCUUACAGAAAGGCUGUUAAGUCGCGAGCCACAAUCUUGAAGGUGAUCGAGAGAUUGAUGGAAGAAAGGCUUCAUAAGAAGAAAGAGGGAACAGACAGUAUCGGUGAAGCGGAUCUUCUCGGGUUCAUUCUGGAGCAAUCGAACCUUGAUGCCGAGCAAUUCGGUGACCUCUUGCUGGGAUUGCUCUUUGGCGGCCACGAGACCUCUUCCACGGCCAUCACGUUGGUUCUCUAUUUCCUCCAUGACUGUCCAAAAGCAGUCGAGCAGCUCAGGGAAGAGCACCUUGAGAUAGUUAGAGCCAAGAAACAAAGGGGAGGACCUCCGGCCCUGACCUGGGAGGAUUACAAGCACAUGGAGUUUACCCAAUGCGUCAUAAGCGAGACGCUGCGGCUUGGCAACAUCAUCAAAUUCGUUCACAGGAAGGCCAACACUAACGUCCAGUUCAAAGGGUAUGACAUCCCUCGUGGAUGGAGCAUCAUUCCCAUAUUUGCCGCUGCACAUUUGGAUCCUGACGUCUACGAGAACCCCCAGAAGUUUGAUCCUUGGAGGUGGCAGACAAUCUCCAGUAGCACUGCGAGGAUCGACAAUUACAUGCCAUUUGGGCAAGGCCUGCGCAACUGCGCAGGGUUGGAGCUCGCCAAGAUGGAGAUCGCUGUCUUCCUUCAUCACCUCGUCCUCAAUUACGACUGGGAGAUAGCGGAGCCCGAUGAGCCUCUUGCCUACGCCUUUCCUGAAUUCGCCAAAGGCCUUCCUAUCAAGGCCCGCAAGGUCUCAUUCAUCGUUUGACUUCGGACCACAAGUGGAAUGAUCCAAGAUGGGUGGCUCUGGGUUCCUUGGAACAUGCAACCUUUCGUUUUUCCUGUUUUGUUCUCAUAAAUAUCUUGUUCUUGCUUUCCACCGUAGUAGGAUGCAUGGUUGUCUUUGCAAUGAAUGACCAAUUUCCCCGGCUUCCACUUC